GGUCGGGCGCCGGGGCGAGGUGGCCCGGGCGGGCGGGGAGGCCCAGGCCCGGCACCUGUUGCGGCCGCCUGGGGGCCCCCUGCCCGCGGUUGGCCGCGGACGACCCCUCCCCGACCCCCGAAACGCCCCCGCUGAGGGCGCCCUCCGCGCCGCCUUCUCACGGAGCUGCCUCAGGGCCGAGCGUUUGCACAGCUGUUCUCCCAGCGCCGGGAGCCGGCUGCAGCCGGGGGACUCGUCACUCGGGCCACACGGACGGAGGCGUUAGCAAGUGGGAGCCUCCCUGUCGUCACCGUGGGCCAACGGUGUCUCCUGACUGGAAACCCGGGAGAACUCCCGAGCCCAGCGUCGCUCUGUCAUCCCGAGUGUCACGUCUCAGACCGUGGGCCCGGGGCGGAUCUUUCCGGUUGGUUUGGUUUUUUCAUGGUUUAUUGACAGUCAUCUAAUAUGCAGAGGAGUGCUGAAGUGAGCCAGCACAGUGGAUGACACAGCAGCAAAGAACAAAUGCAGGGUUGAGGAAUUUAAAUUGCUAGAACCUUGAACUGAAGUCUUAGAGAUUGGGACAUCUGAGUUUGUAUAGUAUACUGUUAAACCCUGUUUGCAAUGGGUUAUUGUCAGGAGAAACUUGAUUGUGGAAUGUCAACUGCUUAAGCUCACUCAGUAUUGGACAAGAUGGAAGGAAAAGAACUGGAAUGUCCAAACUCUUCCUCUGAAAAACGCUAUUUUCCUGAAUCCCUUGACUCCAGUGAUGGGGAUGAGGAAGGAGUUUUGGCCUGUGAGGAUCUGGAACUUAACCCUUUUGAUGGAUUGCCAUAUUCAUCACGUUAUUAUAAACUUCUGAAAGAAAGAGAAGAUCUUCCAAUAUGGAAAGAAAAAUACUCCUUUAUGGAGAAUCUGCUUCAAAAUCAAAUUGUGAUUGUUUCAGGAGAUGCGAAAUGUGGCAAGAGCUCUCAGGUUCCUCAGUGGUGUGCUGAAUAUUGCCUUUCCAUCCACUACCAGCACGGGGGCGUGAUAUGCACACAGGUCCACAAGCAGACUGUGGUCCAGCUUGCCCUGCGGGUAGCAGAUGAAAUGGAUGUUAACAUUGGUCAUGAAGUUGGCUAUGUGAUCCCUUUUGAAAACUGCUGUACCAGUGAAACAAUCCUCAGGUAUUGUACUGAUGAUAUGUUGCAAAGAGAAAUGAUGUCCAAUCCUUUUUUGGGUAGCUAUGGGGUCAUCAUCUUAGAUGAUAUUCAUGAAAGAAGCAUUGCAACUGAUGUGUUACUUGGACUUUUUAAAGAUGUUUUACUGGCAAGACCAGAACUGAAGCUCAUAAUUAACUCCUCACCACACCUGAUCAGCAGACUCAAUUCUUAUUAUGGAAACGUGCCUCUCAUAGAAGUGAAAAAUAAGCACACUGUGGAGGUUGUGUACCUUAGUGAGGCUCAAAAGGAUUCUUUUGAGUCUAUUUUACGCCUUAUCUUUGAAAUUCAUCACUCGGGUGAAAAGGGUGACAUUGUAGUCUUUCUGGCCUGUGAACAAGAUAUUGAAAGAACCUAUGAAAUUGUCUGUCAAGAGGGAUCUAACUUAAAUCCAGAUCUUGGAGAACUGGUGGUGUUUCCUUUGUAUCCAAAAGAGAAAUGUACAUCAUUCAAGCCAAUUGAUGAAACAGAAAAAAGAUGCCAAGUUUAUCAAAGAAGAGUGGUGUUAACUACUAGCUCUGGAGAGUCUUUAAUCUGGAACAACUCGGUCAAAUUUCUUAUUGAUGUGGGUAUGGAAAGAAGAAAGGUGUACAACCCUAGAAUAAGAGCAAACUCACUUGUCAUGCAGCCCAUCAGCCAAAGCCAAGCAGAGAUACGCAAGCAGAUUCUCGGUUCAUCUUCUUCAGGAAAACUUUUCCGUCUGUACACUGAAGAAUUUGCCUCCAAAGACAUGAGGCCACUUAAGCCAGCAGAAAUGCAGGAAGCCAACCUAACAAGCAUGGUGCUUUUUAUGAAGAGGAUAGACAUUGCAGGCUUAGGCCACUGUGACUUCAUGAAUAGACCAGCACCAGAAAGUUUGAUGCAGGCUUUGGAAGACUUAGAUUAUUUGGCAGCACUGGACAAUGAUGGAAAUCUUUCUGAAUUUGGGAUCAUCAUGUCAGAAUUUCCUCUUGAUCCACAGCUCUCAAAGUCUAUCUUAGCAUCCUGUGAAUUUGAUUGUGUAGAUGAAAUGCUAACAAUUGCUGCCAUGGUAACAGCUCCUAAUUGCUUUUCAUAUCUGCCACAUGGAGCUGAAGAGGCUGCCUUGACUUGUUGGAAGACAUUUUUACAUCCUGAAGGCGAUCACUUUACCCUUAUCAACAUUUACAAGGCCUACCAAGACACAACUCUGAAUUCUACCAGUGAGCACGGUGUUGAAAAGUGGUGUCAUGAUUACUUCCUCAGCUGUUCUGCUCUCAGGAUGGCAGAUGUUAUCCGAGCUGAACUCUUAGAAAUUAUCAAGCGAAUUGAGCUUCCCUAUGCAGAGCCUGCUUUUGGCUCCAAGGAAAACACUCUGAACAUAAAGAAAGCUCUUCUGUCUGGUUACUUCAUGCAGAUUGCCAGGGAUGUUGAUGGAUCCGGUAACUACUUAAUGCUAACACAUAAGCAAGUUGCUCAGCUGCAUCCCCUGUCUAGUUACUCUCUCACCAAGAAGAUGCCAGAGUGGGUCCUCUUCCAUAAAUUCAGCAUAUCUGAGAACAACUACAUCAGGAUUACCUCAGAAAUCUCUCCUGAACUAUUUGUGCAACUGGCACCACAAUACUAUUUCAGUAAUCUGCCUCCUAGUGAAAGUAAGGAUAUUCUACAGCAUGUAAUGGAUCACCUAUCUCCUAUUUCAACAAUGAAAAAGGAACAGAAAAUGUGUGAUAAGUGCCCUGAAACUACCGAACAGAGAUGCACAAUACAGUGACCUCACCAGACACAAGAUGCAAUAAGUGUCCCAGAAUUAACCCUGACAGUUGGCACGCUGGAGUGAUUUGCAAAUAUUUAACACGUCGAUGGAUAUCACACCCCACAGCAUAGUCUUGAAAAAUAACGCUUUGUAUGUUAUUUUAAAAUAAAAAAAUAGAGGUUUUUACUGAGUCCUUUAAAUUACUACUCCAUGUUUUUCUUCUUAUUGGAAAAGUUUUUAAUCAACCAUUCAUAAUUUGACCAAAAUUUUUUUAAAAAGAUAUUUUGUAAAUGUAUCAUAGACACACAGGACAGAACCCUACUUUUUGUAGAAGACUCAAUC